GGCAAGUGGGAAGGACAAACUGUCAUUACUGUUUGGAGUCUGGUUUCCAGGUUAGUGUUUUGUCAGGGUCUGAGUGUGUCAGUCGGAGGAGGCGAAGUCGGCUGCACUAUGUCGGCCUUUGAGAAGCCUCAGAUCAUCGCCCAUAUCCAGAAGGGCCUCAACUACACGGUAUUUGACUGUAAGUGGGUGCCCUGCAGCGCCAAAUUUGUGACCAUGGGCAACUUCGCACGGGGUACCGGCGUCAUUCAGCUGUACGAGAUCCAGCACGGGGACCUAAAGCUGCUUCGGGAGAUUGAAAAGGCCAAACCCAUUAAAUGUGGAACAUUUGGUGCAACAUCUUUGCAGCAGAGAUAUUUAGCUACUGGAGAUUUUGCUGGAAACCUUCAUAUAUGGAAUUUGGAAGCUCCAGAGAGCCCAGUGUAUUCUGUGAAGGGCCAUAAAGAAAUUAUAAAUACUAUAGAUGGUGUAGGUGGACUAGGAAUUGGGGAAGGAGCACCUGAAAUUGUGACUGGCAGCCGAGAUGGAACUGUGAAGGUGUGGGAUCCAAGGCAGAAAGAUGAUCCUGUUGCUAAUAUGGAACCUGUACAAGGAGAAAACAAGCGAGACUGUUGGACAGUGGCGUUUGGCAAUGCUUAUAAUCAAGAGGAACGUGUUGUUUGUGCUGGCUAUGACAACGGGGAUAUCAAACUGUUUGAUCUCAGAAAUAUGUCAUUGCGGUGGGAGACCAACAUCAAAAAUGGGGUGUGUAGCUUGGAGUUUGACAGAAAAGAUAUAAGUAUGAAUAAGUUAGUAGCUACGUCUCUGGAAGGAAAGUUCCAUGUUUUUGACAUGAGAACACAGCAUCCAACCAAAGGUUUUGCUUCUGUUUCUGAAAAGGCUCAUAAAUCUACUGUGUGGCAGGUCCGACACCUGCCACAGAACCGAGAGCUCUUUCUGACAGCGGGGGGUGCCGGCGGCCUUCACCUCUGGAAGUACGAAUACCCUGCUCAGCGGUCAAAGAAAGAUUCCGAGGGAGUGGAGAUGGGAGUUGCGGGGUCAGUCAGCCUUCUGCAGAACGUGACGUUGUCCUCCCAGCCCAUUUCCAGUCUGGACUGGAGUCCAGAUAAAAGGGGUCUCUGCAUCUGUAGUUCAUUUGAUCAAAUGGUAAGAGUGCUGAUUAUUACAAAACUCCAUAAAAUUUGAUCUGAAGACUUUGGACUUGAGACCUUCCCGCAGAACACUCAUAGAAUUUAAAAUGUGUUGUGCCUCCUUGGACCCUCCUUGAACAAAGUUGGAUUUGCCUGAUGAAAAAAGGCCCCGGAUGUAAACUUCCAGGCUAGCCUCUCUCUGGGUGUGAAAUGCCCAGCAAGCAAUGUGUUCCCGUCACCUGGCCCGUCCCUGGUUUGCUGCUGCACGUUGGGGCACCUCUAUCUCCAGAGCCAGCUCUGCCCCUUUCCCUCCAUUUCUAAGAAAAAAUUGAUACUUGUCUGUAUUUAAACAUAUGUUACAUUUGUUCGACAUCCUCAACGUUCCAUAUUUUAUAAUAACACUUGUGUUGCAUUUUAGUGUUUA